AGCAGAUGAGUGCACUGUCAGCUGCUUUGAAACUGUGGUGAUUGAUUUUGGAGUACUAUAAAUGUUCUCGGGUGCCAUGUUAAAGUCUGUGGCCGCAGAUAUCUGUACUCGUGUCAUUCCUGCAUAAAUAACGUAAUUUUCGUACAAACACGAGGCGACACUCAAUGGCAUUAAAAAAAAGCAAGUCGACUCUGUGACCUGCUGAAGUUUCCAGCGUUGCGAUCAUGAAGUGUUUCCGAACGAAAACGGAUCGCGACCCCUACAAACCACGCGCGCACCAGUUCUUCAAUCUGUUUAGACCCUUUUGGUUCGUGCUCGGCAUCGCCUGCGGCAUCCUAGCAUGGCGGUACCUCCGCCAGCGGUCGGGCCCGACGGAGAGCUCGGACCCCCACGACAUCGCCGUCUUCAGAGACGACGUUUACGAAGGGGCUUUCCUCUUCGUCGCGGUGCUCUCGUAUCAGCAGAACGAAGCCCUACGCAACACCGCUCGACGAACGUGGCUGAAGCGAAAGGUCAAGUUCGACCGUCAUCGCUUUCCCCUAGUGUACCGCUUCUUCGUCGGCUCUCUGGGCGUAUCGAAAGAGCAGCGAAUCGCUCUGGAGCGCGAAGCGCUCGUUCAUCGCGACUUGGUCCUCCUCGAAGGCGUGCCCGAUUCCUUCGACAACCGGACGUUCAAGGUGCUGCAGGCGUUCCUGUGGGUGCACUCGAACUACAAGUGCAAGUUCUUGCUCAAGGUGAACGACAACUCGUUCGCGAUGUUGGACCCCAUCGUCUCGGAGCUGGGUGAAGGGCGGUUCGACCCGCGAAAUAAUUUGCUUCUGUGGGGAUUCUUCGCGGCUCAUGCGCCGGUGGUGCGAAGCGGCCCGUGGGCCGAGCCGGUGUGGUUUCUCAGCGACCGGUACCUGCCCUACCCGUGCGGCGGCGGCUAUGUCCUCACCUGGAUGGCGCUCGUCUACAUCAGCCACAUCUGGAAGCUCCUGGACCUGUACGCCAACGACGACGUUGCCGUGGGCGUCUGGUUGGCGCCGCUGGCGCUAAACAGGAGGCACGACCGUCGCUUCGACACCGAGCGCGAGUCGCGGGGCUGCUUCAACUCUUACCUGGUGACGCACCAACAGACGGCUGCCAUGAUGGAAGAGAAAUACAAGAACCUGGUGGAACACGGCGUGCUGUGCAGAAAAGAGGUGCAACUCAGGAUGUCGUACGAGUAUGACCAGAAUGCCCGACUGUCGCAGUGCUGCUUUCGCAACAUCAGCGACAUACGAAUCCCGAACGGGAGGGAGAGAGAAAGGGAAAGGUGGGGAGGUUGAUUAGGUUGCAAGUGGUUCGCUACCCUGCACAGAAGCCAAGGCUUGGAAACUGGAGAAAUAUUUUCGCACACCGAGCACUUCUACAGCAUGCCGCCUUCCUCAACAGAAAGAGGGGUGCAGCUGAUCAAUUGUCAUUGUGCUACGACUGCAUGGCCCACUCUGAGCAGUACUUUUACAGCUGCAACAUUGUGUGCGACUUCCUAUGAAAACGAGUAGUAAUAGGCCAUGCAACUUAAGGGGAGAUGUGAUUUGGAAAGAAAGUAGCAUUAGUUUGUAGCCCAGGGCAAGGAAUUUUUUCUUCAUGCUAAUUUGAAAUAAGGAAUUAGUGUUAUUCUCUACAAGGUAAGCUAGGUUCACCAAGUGUGUCUGUGUCAGUAAUGCAGCCAACAACUACAGCUUUUGAAAGACAUUUCUUACUUGUCAAGAAUGCAGUUACUCAAAAGGCUUCACUGCAUUUCUAAUAUCUGUGAUAUAAAGUAGGUCUUGAAUAGUAUUGUGAUGGCAGUAUGGCGUCAGCUGCGCAUGUGUAUUUAGAGAUUUUACUAGGUGCUUUAAGAGUAAUGUGGGUUUAUAUCACCGACAAGACACUCCAGAGACCAUAAUAACGUGGCAUUGACCAUACAUCAGUUGAAGGCAGCUGGGCACUGUUUGAUACGGUGUAAUUAAUUUGUACAAAUUUUCUUGAGUGUGUACAAAUCUUGAGCAUGACCCUGCCAAGCACAAGCUGUCUUACUAUACUGCGAGUGAGCAUCAUGCUGCGAGUGAGCAUUAUCCUUUCGACCGCGUUGGAAU